AUGAGCCAGAUGCAUUCGGAAGAGUGGACGGAUCUGAAAGAGCUGGCGGCUGAGAGGUGUUUGCAGCAGCCUCAGGCAGGUCAGGGUUACCCGCAGCCCGCUGCACUGUCGCUGCUGGACACCGACCCCAGGGGAUGGCUGGCACCCGAUCUGCAAAGCGGAGGCACCUGCCCGGCUCACGGCGACUCCUACCUGUCUCCCGGUGGCUCCUCCUCGGAGGAGGAGCUGUUGCUGCUGGGGGCCGGGGCGGGAGCGGAGCCCGGCCGAUGCAGCGGACGGGGUAAGAGCCCAGUGAGGGUGCGGGAGCUUUGCAAACUGAAAGCGGGGGAGCUGGGAUGCCGGCAGCGGGCUCCGGCCAGCGGGGUGCAGAGACAGAGGAGGCUGGCGGCGAACGCCCGGGAGAGGAGGAGGAUGCACGGCCUGAACCACGCCUUCGACCAGCUCCGCGGGGUCAUCCCCUCCUUCAACAACGACAAGAAGCUGUCAAAGUACGAGACGUUGCAGAUGGCGCAGAUCUACAUCAGCGCCCUGGCCGAGCUGCUGCAGGGGGGAGAAGCCGAAGCUAACCCCCGGGCUCCGGGGAACUCCUCUCCCCCGGGUUGCAGGCGCUAUCCCCCCGGCCAGGGACACCCUCCUCCACCCCCUCCCCCACUGUUGCAAGCCGGCCCCAGGGCCCCGCCGUUCGCCUUCCAGGACGGGCCGUCCGCUUCCCCCGACGCCAGCAAGACCUCCCCCCACUCCCAGCGGAGUGACGGGGAGUUCUCCCCCCGCUCGCACUCCAGCGACUCGGAGGAUGUGCCCCUGGACCUGCCGAGCGAAGACGACGAGCUACCUGAAGCUCCGAAUUACCAAUAA